UUAGGCCGUAGUUGCGCAGUUGUUAUGAGGAGGAGGGUUGUUGUUUAUUGACGUUUGGUGUAAGCCUGGUGGCAGCUUUUAUACCUGUGCAACGAUCGCUUUAUGGAGAGGUCGAGAUGGCGCCUUUCCCGGAUGAAGUGGACGUGUUCACGGCCCCGCACUGGCGGAUGAAACAGUUGGUUGGACGCUACUCUGAAAAGCUUUCCAAGACCAAUUUUUCCAACAAUAAUGAACUUCCGUGCUUUAACUGCAAUCCCUUGUAUGAAACAUUCAAUGAAUUCAAAAUGCAUGAGCAGAUCGAAAAUGAGUACAUUAUUGGCUUACUUCAGCAACGCAGUCAGACCGUGUACAAUGUGCAUUCAGACAACAAACUGUCAGAAAUGCUUGUUUUAUUUGAGAAGGCGAUGAAGAAUAUAAAGAAUGAAUAUGAACAGCUAAAUUAUGCAAAGCAACUGAAGGAACGGCUAGAAGCAUUUACCAGUGACUUCCUUCCCCACAUGAAGGAAGAAGAAGAGGUAUUUCAGCCAAUGUUGAUGGAAUAUUUCACUUAUGAUGAGCUGAAAGAUAUAAAAAAGACGGUGAUUGCUCAGCACUGCUCGCAGAAAGAUCCUGUUGAACUUCUUAAAGGUCUCAGCCUCCUAAAUCGUGCUGAUGAGCUUCAAAAAGUACUUAAGUAUUCCGUAGAUGAGAAAGCAGACAAAGAAACAAAGGUGCAGCCCCCCGGUACCCCAAUUUCCCAGCUCCCUCCAGAAGUAAUGCUGAACAUUUUUAGUUACCUUAACCCACAGGACCUGUGUCGCUGUAGUCAAGUAAACACUAAAUGGGCACAGCUUGCAAAAACUGGAUCUCUGUGGAAACACAUUUAUCCUGUUUUUUGGGCUAGAGGAAACUGGUACAAUGGGCCCCCAACUCACCUAGACACUGAGCCUGAUGAGGAUUGGGUUUCAAGCAGAAAGGAUGAAAGUCGUGCAUUCCAGGAAUGGGAUGAAGAUGCAGAUAUAGAUGAAUCUGAAAAUGCAGAAGUUCAGUCUUCCUCAAUCAGUGUUGCACAGAGAGAAAAAGUAUUAUUGCACGGCUUAGUUCAUAAUAUUCUUCCUUAUGUGGGCCAUUCCGUGAAAACUCUUGUUCUUGCAUACAGCUCUGCUGUCAGCAACAAAAUGAUUCGUCAUAUGCUUGCAUUUUGUCCCAAUUUGGAACAUUUGGAUCUUACUCAGACAGAUAUUACAGACUCUGCAUUUGAUGGGUGGUCUUAUGGUGACUCCCAGUGCCUGCGCCGUAUUGAUUUGUCUGGUUGUGACAAAUUAACAGACUUGACUUUAGAGCGAAUGUCAAAAGCACUAAAUGUGCUCUCCUAUUGCAAGAGGAGCUUUUUUAAAUGUUGCCGAAACAACAAAAAUCUAAAAUCUUGGACAAGCAAAGACAUAAACAAUACUGUGCAAUGCAACGGUUUGUGUGGAUUUUUUUCUGAGGAACAGUGGAUGAACCCCAAUAUCAUUUGGCUUCUUGAUUCUGAAGACCUGGCAGAUAUCGAAGAUGCAGCUGAAUGGAAAUAUAAAUAUACUGACUGUGUUUAUGGUUUGCCCCCCAGUCUUAAUUCUUUAAGUUCUGGUUGCUGCAGCAAGGGAAAGCCUGCAAUGAGGACUAGUUUCAGCUGGCAGAAACACUGCAGGGCUCCUGCUUUUACUUAUUGUGGACAUUCAUUCUGUUCUACUGGAACAAAACUAAGGACUAUACAAGCACUCCCAGGCUCCUCUUCACUGCGCAGUAUGAGGAAGACUCCACAGUUUUUCUCUGGGAGUGCAAAAUAUGAACAAUCAACACGUGUUUUACAGUUCCUUAGUCUUUCUGGAUGUCAUCAGAUCACAGACCAUGGCCUUAGGGCAUUGACUCUGGGUGGAGGAUUACCUUACUUGGAACACCUAAAUCUUUCUGGAUGUCUUAUUGUGACUGGUUCAGGUCUCCAGGAUUUGGUUGCAGCAUGUCCUUCCCUUAACGAUGAACACUUCUACUAUUGUGACAACAUUAAUGGUCCUCAUGCUGAUACAGCUAGUGGAUGCCAGAACCUGCAGUGUGGUUUUAGGGUGUGUUGCCGAUCAGGAGAAUGAGUCCCGAUAUGCUAAAUUCAAACCUUCAUUCAUCUGAGCAGCCAUUCUUUUGUGCACUUUACCCUUUAAACACAUGUUGUGUGCUAGUCCCAGUGGAGUUUUCCUUACAUGCAGUGUACAUCUGACUUAAAGAUAUUGUCAAUUGUAGGAACUUUUUCGCUUAAUAAAACUUUGUUUGAAA